AGUAUGUUAUAGGAGAACUGGACGGUUGGUCAUUCACAGUGCUAUUUCCUCUACUCUAUGGCGAAGAUGGUGCUUUUGCAAGAAAUUUACUGUCCUGAGCAGAUCGUGAUACCUGAAAAUUUUCACAUCACCCUAAAGCAGUAUGCGAAAGCGGUAAUACGAACGCAGCCGUUUGAUUUGUUACGGUGGUCGGCAGCAUAUUUCCGUAGUUUGGCACUCAGUGUGCAGCCCCCGGUUAAAUCACGCUACGAACCAGCAGGACACUUUAGGCAACUAACCACUGGUAUUGUUCGAGUAUUAAUUGAUCAGCUUGGGAAAGGUUAUUACGUACACAAGAAGAUCCUUCUGGAGAAGUGGGAAGGUUUAUGUCUGCCGGAAGAAGACUUAUUAAAUGUUCUGUCACUACUUCGGAUGUUGAAUUGGUCCCAACUCCAUUGGCUGAAGAUUAUUGCCGUUUUCAUCGGUCAACUGUGUAAAAACUUUACGAAAACCACAGAAAUGAUCUGUGAAAUGCUAACCGAAGAUCCAGAUGGAGGUGCAGCGUCGAUACCGUUUUGGAUGUUCCGAGAGUGCUUUCUUGCGCUGGCCGAUUUGGACUGCAGUUCCGUGCAAAAGUUUGUCAACGGAAGGAAAGUUCUGGACGAAGAUACUGGGGCAUUGGAAGAGGAACAGAUGCCGCCCGCACUUCCGAAAGUUUUGUCAACAAUUUCAUUUAAAAAUGCCAUUAUUGACAAGUACCGUUCCACACUAGAGCAUGAAACCAAGCAGCAUCAUUUUGCUCUGUCCGGCAACAUCAACACUGACGACAACGACCAACUUUCGGAACCUUCGGUCGCUCCCUCGAGGCUGGAAUCUGAUUUUAAGUUUUUCGGCGAUGACACCGAUGCACAUGAAUCUCUCCGCAGGGCACCAGACUUUAACAGUGUCAUAGUUUUGCUGAAGCGACUUCGUGGCGAUGGGGCCAUUUCGAUGGUCAGUGAGAGCACCCUGUCCAAGGCUGCUCUAGAGCGUACGCGUGAACGUUCGAAACAAAUAGAAGAACUCAAGGUCUCGAUCAGUGAAGAGGAAUACAACAAACUGAAGGAACAGGAACGGCAUGAGCUGCUGAAGGAAAUGGGCCCACCAUGGUUAUUGUUGUAUCUGUUCUCUCAAGACUGCUCUCGUUCCAAAUCGUUCAAUUACGUUGAGCAGUCCUCUACCUCUAUCUCGGACGACUCCGUAUCAGCAUAUUCGAUGGAAAACAUUUUCGAGGACACGUUGGAAUUGGAUCCAAGUGCCACUUUUGCACACGACCGUCGUAAAUCUAGCUUCUCUCUACCGGUAACACUACGGGCAAGGAUGAGCGUCAGCUCUCAUUCUGCAGCUUUCAUUACAAACGAAAUCCUCUCGAAGGUCGUCUGCUCCAUCGAUCAGGCAAUUAUCGACGGAGAGUGUGAGCUUUCAUUAGGCUCGAUAGCUAAUUUCUUGGAGGAAAAAUCUAACUCAAACGAAGAUUUUCUUGCUCCCGCUGAUCAUGAAAAAUUACAGUCAUUUCUAAAAGAAGCAGAAAGCCGUGAACUGGAAGUGAAAGACAUAAAUGAGCUGUACAACUUUUUUGUAAGUGAAAGCUUCAAGCGUGCCUUACAGGACAACGACAAUGAACCACAACAGAAGGAAAUAUUUAGCAUCUUUGGAGAAAGCGGAAUCGAAGUGGAUGCAAAUCUGCUUGAGGCUAAAAUUUCGGACAGUAUGAUACUAGGUCUAGUAGCACCACCGCCAAUAGAAGAACCCUCUGAAGAAACAAAAGAAAAAUCUGAAAGUGUAGAGCUGAGUGCAAUUUUACCGACACCCUCCAUGGAUACACUGUUGCCAAUUGCCUGUGAAGGGAUUACACAGACUGAUCCAAUCGAAAUAGCCUGCGUGCAGCGUAAAAUACCUCUUGUUCCAACGGAUGAUCAGCGCAUUACAUAUAAAUGCAAAAUAUCUCCAAUACCAGGUAUCGGUACCCCUUUGGAUGAGACCGUUCGUGAUGCGUUUCUCACAUAUUUGGCACAACGUGCCGUAGAUCAACAAGGUUUGAUAUAUCCACGCAAUUUUCAAGAGGCUCUAUGCCCGCGCAUCGAGUGAUUUAACUAAAAUCUGAGUGGAUUUCAAACAUAUGGCGAUCUGCUUUCAAUCUUGCCAAGGCACAUUUCCCCGAAAAACAUUUAUCAUGGUUCCACAGCUAUUAAGCGAUGAACACCCGAGUGCUAAAGAAUUCAAAAUCUUUUGUGCAAAGCCUGACUGCUGAAGAUAUAUAUUAUCGUCACGCACAUACCAUUUAUGAUACACAAUACAUACCACAUUUAUCACAUCAUUAUUCACUUGAGGAUGACAUUUUCCAUUUUUCACCCUGCAGCACUGUUCAUGUGAAUUACUUAACGUACAUGUUGGAGCACUUGCUAAGCCAUCAUCAGCGUGACCAACUUGAGAGUUUGUACAGCGUUUUUGGUGGUUCUCUAUCUAAAGACUAGUACUAGUACAAAACCUAACAAAACAUGUAUAAUGAAAAUGUUUUUGUUUGCAAGCUUAUCAAACUAUAUUCCAUGGUAUUUGUAUUUCUAUUCAUCAACCAAAUUGUACCCAGGUCCAUCGAACGCACCAAUUACUAUGAUGCUUUUAACGGCUUGGCAAACGAAAACAGGCAUACAUCUCACCAUAUUUGUCUAGACCUUCUUCUGAAUAUAAAUACCGGUACGAACAAAUUGUCAUGUGGCACUGUUUGCGGCAACAUUCGGCGGUCACUCAGGAAGGACAGAAAACAAAGCAUACCUGAACUGUGACGUAAAAAACCGUCCAGCUCAAACAAAAAAAAGAAA